GUCCUCGUCGGCAACCUCAUCGGCCAGGACCACGCCAACUACGUCCUCAUGUACAACAUGCUCACGGGCAUCCGCAUCGGCGUCUCUCGUUGCCAGGCCAAGGCGGCACGCCCUCUGACCGACGCCGACUAUACCGCUCGCCACAAGUUCAGCUUCGACAUCGUCGGCAACGAGUUGACGCCGAGCGUGCGGUACGACUUCAAGUUCAAGGACUAUGCGCCGUGGGUGUUUCGCGAGCUGCGCGAGUACUUCUACUUGGACCCGAGCGACUACUUGAUGUCGCUCACGAGCAAGUACAUCUUGAGCGAGCUCGGGUCGCCGGGCAAGAGCGGGUCGUUCUUCUACUUCUCGCGCGACUACCGGUUCAUCAUCAAGACGAUUCGGCACUCGGAGCACAAGUUCCUGCGGUCCAUCCUCAAGGAGUACCACGAGCACGUCAAGCGCAACCCGCACACGCUCCUGUCGCGGUUCUACGGCCUGCACCGCGUCAAGCUCCCGCACGGCCGCAAGAUCCACUUCGUCAUCAUGAACAACCUCUUCCCGCCGCACCGCGACAUUCACGAGACGUACGACCUCAAGGGCUCGGCGAUCGGGCGCCUGUACCCCGAGGACAAGGCGGCCGCCAACCCGCACGCCGUCCUCAAGGACCUCAACUGGGUCGGCCGCAACCGCCAGUUCGCGCUCGGGCCCGAGAAGAAGGCGCUCUUCGAGGAGCAGCUCCGCCGCGACACCGAGCUCCUGCAGCGCCUCGGCAUCAUGGACUACUCGCUCUUGACCGGCAUCCACAACGGCGUGCGCGGCAACAGCGAGGGCCUGCGCGAGGACAAGCUCAGCGUCUUUCAGCCCGCCAAGGUCAAGGUGUCGCGCAAGCCGACCCAGGUCAAGCGCGACGCCGACGCGUCGGCGCUGCGCAAGGCCGUCCAGCAGUCGGACCCGCAGGCGCUCGGCGGCAAGCACGAGCUGCCCGAGCACGACAACUCGGAGCGGCGCAUGUUCCUCUUCUACCAGGACGAGGGCGGCAUGCGCGCCUCGGGCGACUCGAACGAGGACCUCGGCGCCAUCUACUACCUCGGCAUCAUCGACAUCUUGACGCCGUAUACCUGUGUCAAGCGGCUCGAGCACUUCUUCAAGGGGUUCCAGCACAACAAGCACAUGAUCUCGGCGGUGCCGCCUCGCGAGUACGGCGACCGGUUCCUCGCCUUCAUCAAGUCGUCGAUCCGCGGCAACGACGUCUCGACCCGGCCGCAGAUGUUCGAGCACGAGCCCAAGCACGACCAAGCGCACAAGGCCGAGGUCUCUGAGAAGGAGGCGUCGGCUUCGGGCCCCGUACCGCCAGCCCCGCCACCGCAGGAGGCGGUCAUCGACCCCGAGAAGGCUCAGCGAGGGCGCGAGGAGAUGCAGCAGCGCGCCGGCCCGUCUAUCGUCACGUCGUCAUAGCCCACUUCCU